CAAGUGCAAAGGGAAAAGAUAUGACAAAAAAAUACCCAAUAUAAAAAAUGCCCAAUUUCUGUCCAUUUAUGAAAAUGUUAUGUGCUCUAUAGAUAACAAUAUGUGUGAAAAGAUUUCUCCAGCGUAGGUGGGGUUAAAUAAAAGAGGUUAAAUCAAACAGCAUUGGGAGACAUGGUGCCUCACAUGAUCAGAUGCUGAUCUCCAGUCUCCUGACUAACUUGCUGGGAGGUGGGGGCCGGGAAGGCGUCAGAAUAUUUUGGAGACCACAUUUCGCCCUCGUCGAUACAGAAUACUUGUGAAAAUGGGCACGAGAAUUCCUCGUCUGCUCCAGAAAGCGCUGUCUUCUUUUCCUUGGCUGCGGAGAAACUCGGGGGAACAUGGUGAAUCGAGGAGAUUGUUACCCAAGGGUGCGUCCAAACGAAAUACAAAAAAUGCCCAGGAAUCAGAUGACUUCCCAUACUACACCCAUAGCAUUGGUGCCGAAGCAGACCACUCCCCAGCCAUUGCCGUUCCCAUAAAGGACUGGCCAUCACCUCAAGGCUAUCAUCCAGAUCCCCUCGUACCCUUCAUUAAAUAUCUCAUGUUCUUCUUCAACUUCAUCUUCUUCACAUUGGGCUUUGGCCUGCUGUGUUUUGGAUUUUGGGGCCUUGCAGACAAGCAGUCCUUGAUGGGUGAGAAGAUCGGGAAUCUGGGUACUGACCCCAUGCUUAUAUUCGUACUGGUGGGCCUGGUCGUGUGCGUCUUGUCUUUCUCAGGAUGUGUUGGAUUUAUCAGAGAGAACCUUUGCCUCCUCAAGUUUUUCUUUGCUGCGAUGGUUACGCUGUUGGUCGCACAAUCUGUGGUGGCCCUGGUGGUCCUGUGUUUUCAUGAACAAAUUCAGGAUUCAGUAAAGAUGACCAUGAUGUUGGCCAUCAGCCGAUACCAAGACGAUUCGGAUCUUCAAUUUCUAUUGGAUGAGAUACAACUUGGCAUGGAGUGUUGUGGUGUGCAGUCCUAUGAAGACUGGUCCGUAAAUCUGUAUUUCAACUGCAGUUCCCCUGGCGUCAACUCAUGUGGUGUCCCUUAUUCCUGCUGCAUUGACCCCCUUCAGAAUGGCACCGUACCCAAUUCUCAAUGCGGAUUUGGAGCCCUCAGUAUGAGUGAGGCCAUGGCCAGCAGCCUGAUCUACCUGGGAGGUUGUGUCCCUCAGCUUGUACUUUGGAUCAACCGCAGGAGUUGGGAUAUGGCGGCUUUAUACCUCUCGCUGCCGGCUACACAACUUUUUCCUACAGCAGACAGAGGUGCGGAAUGGUUCCUGCUUCAGCAAUCUGCCUCCCAGCCAGAGAAGGAUCUGAGAUCUUUGCGAUGGAGGAAAGAAAAAAAUUGACAUUUCGUUGUAGUUUUCAAAUCUACUCUGUCGGGGGCGACCAUGGACACAGAAGAAGGCGCCAUCCAGAAUACAAAGCUGAAAUGUAUAUAUUUCUUCACCCAGACUGUACUUGGGCCCCCUGAACGUGGCAGAAUGGCCUGUUGGCACCCGUUGGCCCAUAAUGCAAAGUGAACAGAUUUGACAAAAAUCUUGGAGGUGAAAA